GCUCGGGGCUACCGACCAAGGGGCCUCCCGGGCAAGGCCCGCCUUUUUGUCAAAAUGGCAGCGCCCAGCGUCCCCCGGUGGGCGCGCUGAGGUGGGUGUGAGAGCCUUCCCCAGGAGAGUCAGCGGGCCCGCCGCGCUCCAGAUUUGCCACCCCCCGGCCCGUGUCUCCCGGCGAGCGGUGGAAUCCAUGAAAGAAGUUUCCACAAUGGUUUGUUCAGCUCUCAGAAGAGUUGCCCAUGUGCGUGUCUACCUGGUGAGGACGGCAAGUAGUGUCUCCAGAAGCCACCAGCAUCCGGCCUUGGGCUCCAGGCCUGCUACUUCAGAGUCUGCUGCCCGAGGAGCUCCAGGUAGUGUGGUGGAGCUGUUGGGUCAGUCCUACCCUCAGGAUGACUACAGCAAUCUCUCCCAGAAAGUCCUCUCCAGAGUUGGCAGAAAUCUGCACAACCAGCAGCAUCACCCUCUUUGGCUGAUCAAGGAGAGGGUGAAGGAGCACUUCUACAAGCAAUAUGUGGGCCGCUUUGGGACUCCGCUGUUCUCGGUCUAUGACAACUUUUCUCCGGUGGUCACGACCUGGCAGAACUUUGACAGCCUGCUCAUCCCAGCUGAUCACCCCAGCAGGAAGAAGGGAGACAACUAUUACCUGAAUCGGACUCACAUGCUCCGAGCGCACACCUCUGCACACCAGUGGGACCUGCUGCAUGCUGGGCUGGAUGCCUUCCUGGUGGUGGGUGAUGUUUACAGGCGUGACCAGAUCGACUCCCAGCACUACCCAGUUUUCCACCAGUUGGAGGCUGUCCGGCUCUUCUCCAAGCACCAGUUAUUUGCUGGUAUAAAGGAUGGAGAAAGCUUGCAGCUCUUUGAACAAAGUUCUCGUUCUGCCCAUAAACAAGAGACACAUACCAUGGAGGCCUUGAAGCUCGUAGAGUUUGACCUUAAGCAAACACUUACGAGGCUUGUGACACAUCUUUUUGGAGAUGGUUUGGACAUUAGAUGGGUAGACUGCUACUUUCCUUUUACUCACCCUUCCUUUGAGAUGGAGAUCAACUUCCAUGGGGAAUGGCUAGAAGUUCUUGGCUGUGGAGUGAUGGAACAACAACUGGUAAAUUCAGCUGGUGCUCAAGAUAAAAUUGGCUGGGCCUUUGGCCUAGGAUUAGAAAGACUGGCCAUGAUCCUCUAUGACAUCCCUGACAUCCGCCUCUUCUGGAGUGAGGAUGAGCGCUUCCUGAAGCAGUUCCAUGUGUCUGAUAUCAACCAGAAGGUGACAUUUCAGCCUCUUAGCAAAUAUCCUGCUGUGAUAAAUGACAUUUCAUUCUGGUUGCCCUCGGAGAAUUACACAGAAAAUGAUUUCUAUGACUUAGUACGAACAAUUGGAGGAGAUUUGGUGGAAAAAGUUGAUCUUAUAGACAAGUUUGAACAUCCAAAGACACACAAGACCAGCCACUGCUACCGCAUCACCUACCGCCACAUGGAGCGGACGCUGUCCCAGAGGGAGGUGACGCGCGUCCACCAGGCCGUGCAGGAGGCCGCGGUGCAGCUGCUGGCCGUGGAGGGCAGGUUUUGAUGGCGCAGCGGCACCGGGGAUGCGGCCCUCGGGCUCUCGGAUUCGCUGAAGAACAAAAAAAAGGAUAUUGUUUUGAUAAAAGGGUCAA